CUUGGUUUAAAAAGAAACAGAAACAUACACAGGGGGUUGGUGAAUGGUGCCGACCGCGGCCAUCGCAGUUGGAGGCUAUUUUUUGGGGGGGUGAGUAGCGUCCAUGGAGUUACUUUGCGCCCACUCCUAGAGGCACCAGCUCAGGGAUGGAGGGCUGACCGUAUUCCCAGCAGGGGUGCGGGGCUUGGGGACGCUGCGGCCCGGUCGCCUCCCUCGCCACGACCCCGGAUGGAUGCGCGCCCCCCGCCCUCCCGCGCCGGCCCCAGGAGCUCCUGGCUUCGGGAGCAUCCUUCCCGCGCCGGCCCCCGCCGCGGCGCGUAGCCGAGGGCAGCGCCCCUCGGGAGGGCACCGCGGAGCAAGUGCCCCAAGCGAACACACCAAACCUCCAGGUCCAAUUGUCCCAUCUUCCUUGGGCGGGUUGGGACUCGCAGAGCAAUCCACUAAGCAGAUGGAAGAGAAGAGGCGAAAAUACUCCAUCAGCAGUGAGAACUCCGAUACCACUGACAGUCACGUGACAUCCACAUCAGCAUCAAGAGUGUCCAAACUGCCCAGCAGUACCAAGUUGGGCUGGCCCCGACAGGAACGAAAAGAGCCCUCCGAGGUUUUCCGGACAGACUUGAUCACAGCCAUGAAGAUCCCAGAUUCGUACCAGCUCAGCCCGGAUGACUACUAUAUUCUGGCGGACCCGUGGCGACAAGAAUGGGAGAAAGGUGUGCAGGUACCUGCUGGAGCGGAGGCCAUUCCAGAGCCUGUGGUGAGGCUCCUCCCACCACUGAAAGGUCCCCCUACACAGCAGUCCCCAGACAGCCCCACACUUGGUGAGGGUACCCAUCCUGACUGGCCAGGAGGCAGCCGCUAUGACCUGGAUGAGAUCGAUGCUUACUGGUUGGAACUCCUCAACUCAGAACUCAAGGAGAUGGAGAGGCCCGAGCUGGAUGAGCUAACAUUAGAGCGCGUUCUAGAAGAGCUAGAGACAUUGUGCCACCAGAAUAUGGCACAGGCCAUUGAGACACAGGAAGGGCUGGGCAUCGAGUACGAUGAGGACGUCGUCUGUGACGUGUGCCGCUCCCCUGAAGGCGAGGAUGGCAACGAGAUGGUCUUCUGUGACAAGUGCAACGUCUGUGUGCACCAGGCAUGCUAUGGGAUCCUCAAGGUGCCUACGGGCAGCUGGCUGUGCCGGACAUGUGCCCUGGGAGUCCAGCCCAAGUGCCUGCUCUGCCCCAAGCGAGGAGGAGCCUUGAAGCCCACCAGAAGUGGGACCAAGUGGGUGCACGUUAGCUGUGCCCUGUGGAUUCCUGAGGUCAGCAUUGGCUGUCCAGAGAAGAUGGAGCCCAUUACCAAGAUCUCACAUAUUCCAGCCAGCCGCUGGGCCCUGUCCUGCAGCCUCUGCAAAGAGUGCACAGGCACCUGCAUCCAGUGUUCCAUGCCUUCCUGCAUCACAGCGUUCCACGUCACGUGCGCCUUUGACCGAGGCCUGGAAAUGCGGACUAUAUUAGCGGACAACGAUGAGGUCAAGUUCAAGUCACUCUGCCAGGAGCACAGUGACGGGGGCCCUCGGAACGAGCCUACUUCUGAGCCCGUGGAGCCCGGCCAGGCCGUCGAGGACCUGGAAAAGGUGACCCUACGCAAGCAGCGGCUGCAGCAGCUAGAAGAAAACUUCUACGAGCUGGUAGAGCCGGCUGAGGUAGCCGAACGGCUGGACCUGGCCGAAGCGCUCGUGGACUUCAUCUACCAGUACUGGAAGCUGAAGAGGAGAGCCAAUGCCAACCAACCGCUGCUCACACCCAAGACCGAUGAGGUGGACAACCUGGCCCAACAGGAGCAGGAUGUCCUCUAUCGCCGCCUGAAGCUUUUUACCCAUCUGCGGCAGGACCUGGAGAGGGUUAGGAACCUGUGCUACAUGGUGACGAGGCGCGAGAGGACGAAACAUGCCAUCUGCAAGCUCCAGGAGCAGAUAUUCCACCUGCAGAUGAAGCUUAUGGAGCAAGACCUGUGUCGAGAGCCUCCUGGGAGACGAACAAAGGGCAAGAGGAGUGACUCAAAGAGGAAAGGCCGAGAGGGUCCCAAGGGCAGUAGCCCCGAGAAGAAAGAGAAAAUGAAGGCUGGGCCUGAAUCUGUCCUGGGGCAGCUGGGUCUUUCCACCUCGUUUCCCAUCGACGGCACUUUCUUCAAUAGCUGGUUGGCACAGUCGGUGCACAUCACGGCAGAAGACAUGGCCAUGAGCGAGUGGUCUUUGAACAGUGGGCACCGCGAGGAUCCCGCUCCAGGUCUGCUCUCCGAGGAAUUGCUGCAGGACGAGGAAACGCUACUCAGCUUCAUGAGGGACCCCUCACUGCGGCCUGGUGACCCUGCCAGGAAGGCCCGAGGCCGCACUCGCCUGCCUGCCAAAAAGAAACCACCUCCGCUUCAGGAUGGGCCCAGUGCACGGACCACUCCAGACAAGCAACCCAAGAAGCCCUGGGCACAGGAUGCUGGCAGUGGCAAGGGCACGCAAGGACCACCCACCAGAAAGCCUCCACGGAGGAACUCUUCUCAUUUGCCGUCCAGCCCUCCAGCUGGGGACUGUCCUGUUCCAGCAGCACUGGAAAGCCCCCCACCGCUGGCCUCCGAGACCCUGGAUGAGGCAGCCCUCGUGGCUUCCGACUUGAAUGUCCAAGUGCCUGGCCCUACAGUGAGCCCCAAACCCUUGGGCAGGCUCCGGCCACCCCGAGAGAUCAAGGUCAGUCGGAAACCUCCGGGCACUAGGUCUGACGCUGGGAUGGGACUGUCAUCUGCUGUGACCGAGAGGCCAAAGGUCAGCCUGCACUUUGACACCGAGGCUGACGGCUACUUCUCUGACGAGGAGAUGAGCGACUCUGAUAUAGAGGCAGAGCACGGUGGGGUGCAACGGGCUUCCAGGGAGGCAGGAGCAGAGGAGGUGGUUCGCAUGGGGGUACUGGCCUCCUAACUCACCAGGGCCCUGCCCUGGUCCCCCCCCACAGGGUCUCAGCCCAAUCACAACUGCCAUUUCCAACUGCUGAGUGUCCCAGACCCACCACUCUGUCGUGGUUUUAUUUUUAAUAUAGCGAGAGUUCUGAAUUCCACUCCGUUGUCUUUCCUCUGUGCUGGCCUAGGACAUUAGGAUUCCUCCCGUGGCCCUGGCCAGGGACUAUGCCAGGUUCUAUGUGCCACCCUGUCCCAGCCCACGCAACAUUGCCGGGCUUCUGGCUUGAUGUAGACAAGGUGAGGGAGAGCUCAGGGCUCCUGCCCACUGCCACUGGGUGACACAGACUGUCGUUUGGGCAUUAUUUCAUGGCAGAUGAGCCAUUCCAGGGCCUGCCCCGCCUUGUCCCCCAGAUUGCACUGGGGUCUGUUUUGGGUGUGGGGGAGGUGUCCUGCUGCACUCCACUGAUCCCUAAGGAAGAAUAAGGGGUGAUACCCAGUCUCUUCACUGUCACAAGCACAACGAGUUUCUAUGAGAAAGCACUGAAGGGGUGCAGGGGGCCCGCUGGCUCCCGAAUAGCCCACAACAUCUGAGGCCCGCCCGCCCACCCGCAACCCCCCCCUCCCUUGCUGCUCUGUCCCUGCCAGUGCCCAGCCCAAGCAGCUCUGGGAAGUGGUUCCCAGAAUCCUUCCUGAGCUGUGCUUUUACUCAGGGGACUCCCCAAACAGCCAACCACCCAUCUAGGUGGAAGGCUCCAAGGGAGGGCCAGUGCCCAGCCUGGGGCUUGGGGCUCAGAUCAGCCCACUGCAGAGAAUCACUCUGGGGCUUCAACUUCCUUUCUUCCUUUGGGGCCAGUCUUGGCCACCGUCUGCUCUCUCCACAUGGAGCUGGCCAGACCAGACCGUUUGCCUUUUGAAGUUUCCUAGUCCUGCUAAGAGAUGAGCUUCCUCUUUGGUUUCCUUCUGGAAACAUCCUUCCAACAAGUGUAGUGGGAUCCCGGGGCCCAGGGCAGGCCACUAUUGGCCUGCUGGGGCUGGUUGAAGUAUUGCUGGAUCUUCCUGUGUCCCUUUGUCCCUUGGCGCCUUAACCCCCUUUUCCUCCCUGACGUACCCUCUUUCCUACCCCUCUUCAAUCCCCCCUCCUCCAAGUCCCCAGGUAGUUCUGAAGAGUUUUGAUGGAGUGGCCCCAGGGUGAUAGCUCAGGGAACAAAGGAAUUCCGUGAAAACAUUGGAUUUUUUUCUUUUACGAAUUACUCUUGGGUCACUUCCACCACUGGUAAAGCCAGAACUUCUCCAACCAGAACCUUGCAAAAGUCCAGUGAACCAGUCGAAUCAUCCUGAGAAUGCCAAAGAAUAUUUUGACCAUAAUAUACAGCACAGCCUGGACCUGACAACUGUCGACUUGAACUUCCGUUUCAAAGGAGUUGAUUAGCAACAGAGUUCCGAGACUUGGUUAUUGCACACACCUACAGAAAAGGGCCCAAGGCCUCGGAGGAGGAGACCGCUGCCUGCCGCCGCCGCUGCUGCUGCUGCUGUUGAUUUAUGGUCCCUGGGCUGGGCCGCUGUGAGUAUGGUCCUAAACCUUGAGGACUCCCCCUUUUCUGGGGGGGGGAGAAUCCUGACUGCGAAUCCAGCGUGGUUCCCCCAUCGCCACUGCACAGAUACACGAAGAGCAAAUACACGGGACCUUCACCCACCUCGACUCCCAAAACUAUCAAGGUACGACGGUGAGUUUGAGCAAAAUCAGAAACAAAGAUAAUGACUUCCGUUUGGUGGAUUGGACAAAUAUGUCUGAUUUCAAUGGACUCUGAGGGCAUGGGGUGGACUCCAAGGAUCCUGGGCCUCGGGAUGGCAUCGGCUACCACCUAGACUUAGUCUGCCUGCCCAUCUUGGUAGUAGUGACAAUGUACUGUCGGCGUCAGCACCCCACCCCAGUCUCUUGUUUACUGCCUUUGAACAGACCUUCCUUAACCCUGUGCUUUCAGUCACUUCGGGUCGCAACCUCGUCUGCUGGAUUGCCUGGUGGUCUGACCUUUGGGGCGCAAAAGGAAUGGGGGCUUAAAGAACAACCAAACACUGUAGGGCGAGGGAGGGCAUGGCCCUGACCACUCCUUUCCACCCCAGCGCAGGGGCUGGGCUCUGUGGGUAGACAUUAGUGAUGAGUGGGGUGAAUUCGACCCCUUUUCCUGGGCCUCUGGCGCUCUUUCCCCAGGGCCUGGGCUGGGCAGGCAAGAGAGGCGCUUCAGAGAGCCUCUGUUUAUUUUGACCUCUGGGUUCUGGGCCUCUUGACAGCUGGCACAAUCUGUCCACUAGGUUCUGCCUGCCACGAAGCCCAGUUGUCUGUUACUAUGGCUGGUGAGCGGCCCCCUUCACUAGACCAAGCCCUAAGGCAGUCUUCAUCAGGCAGCUGUCUCCACCUCUGAGAUGUUCGUCAGGCCACAGGGAGGAUGAGAAUGCCCCAUUAGCCUCUCUCUUCCCCUUAGCUCCUCCCAGGCCACUGUCCAUGGUGUAGAUGGCUUUGCCACACUAUGACCAAGGCACCGUUUUCAGGCCAGAGGCAGUUCCCUUGCCCGCAUCCACUACCCCUCCUUAGGGGGGCAGAAACGGCUCUGUAACUCAUUCUGGCUAUCGUCCCCUUCCCACCAACCCUGGCUGCCUUCCACCUCAUUCCCUCUCACCACAGGACACAGGCUAACGUGCAAGGAGAGUAUUUUUUUGUGUAUCAUUAGGUAUGUUUUGAAACAAGUAAAGGAAAAGAUAGAUGCUCAUUUACUUUAUUAAAUGGGCUCUGACUUCGUACAUGGUGUGAAAAUCUGCAAUGGACGGGGCCACAGGUUCGCUGGAAAACCAGCCACCCAGGUUCCUGGGCAUCAGUGUUGGACUCUGAGUGAGUGAGUGAGUGAGUACGUGUGCGUGUGCGUGUGCGUGUGUGUGUGUGAACAGCAGAGCACUGUGCACAUAUGUGAGCAUGCGCGGACACCCUAUGGGACUUGCUAAGGUUUCUAAAGAGUCAACUAUCUGAUUCUAUAGGAACCUCGGCAGCAGGUUAGACAGGGUUUCCUCGCCAUUGCCACAUAUGGCCAACCUGUGCUCACGCCUGAAGCUCCGCAGAACAAUAUGUGAUAUCUGUAGUAAGGUCCUUGAGGCUACUCUCCCGCGCCCUUGGCCUAGCUGGCCACAUUGGCCAAAGAGCCAGAGGUGUUGGAGUCGGGGACUUUUGGUUGUUCUUUAAGGCCCUUCCUGCUGCCUUCCCUCGCGGACACAGACUUGUGCUCCAUCCAAAUCAUUUGGGGGUGGCGGUGGGGAGGGCGAUAUGAAUGUCACAGGAGGAGACACCUUCUGUCUUUGUUUCAAAGAAAGUGAUGUGCCAUUUGUUAAUAUACAAGAGAAAUAUUGAAAAUAUAUUGAAAAGAGCAAUUUUAAAUUAUUUUUGGCUUAUGUUGCAAUAUUUAUUUUCUUGUAUUAGAGAAGAUUCCUUUGUAGAGAAAAAUGUAUUUUUCAUUACCGCAAAGACCUAUUUCUCCUUUUUGUACAUUGUCCUUGUUCGCAACCCUUAACGAGCAAUAGAAUGUCCGGUCACCCGUGCGUGGCCAGUGCCCACUGUGCCCUGCAUGAUUGUGUUGCUACUGCUGCUGCUGCUGCUGCUGCUGCUGCAUAGUUUCCAGCCCUGUCCUGUCCUGCUCACUCACUGGGGCUUCUGGAUUGCAGCCCCCACCAGGGUCUGUGUCUAAGGAGCCCACUGCACUCCUUGUGUGUUGGCGAAUUCAGUUAAUAAAGCAAUGUUUUCUGUGCUG